GCAGGCGCGCACUUCGGCAGUGGUGUUGGGAGCCUCGCGGGCGCGGUGCCGUUACUUGCAGUCGGGCGGCGGCAGCGGCACAGCGCUGAGCGCACACCGCGCCUUAGCAGCAGCAGCAGCAGAAGCAGCCGCGGAGGCACCCUCGCCGUCACAGCCUCUGCGCUGGUGCAGCCACCCUCGCUCCCUCUGCUCUUCCUUCCUUCGCUCGCACCAUGGCUGAUCAGCUGACCGAAGAGCAGAUUGCUGAGUUCAAGGAAGCUUUCUCCCUGUUUGACAAAGAUGGCGAUGGUACCAUCACCACAAAGGAACUUGGAACCGUCAUGAGGUCACUGGGUCAGAACCCAACAGAAGCCGAAUUGCAGGAUAUGAUCAACGAGGUGGAUGCUGACGGUAAUGGCACCAUUGACUUCCCAGAAUUUUUGACUAUGAUGGCUAGAAAAAUGAAAGAUACAGACAGUGAAGAAGAAAUUCGUGAGGCAUUCCGAGUCUUUGACAAGGAUGGCAAUGGUUACAUCAGUGCGGCAGAACUACGUCACGUCAUGACAAACUUAGGGGAAAAACUAACAGAUGAAGAAGUAGAUGAAAUGAUCAGAGAAGCAGAUAUCGAUGGAGAUGGACAAGUCAACUAUGAAGAAUUCGUACAGAUGAUGACUGCAAAGUGAAGACCUACUUUCAACUCCUUUUCUCCCCCCUCUAGAAGAAUCAAAUUGAAUCUUUUACUUACCUCUUGCAAAAAAAAAAAAAAGUUCAUUUACUCGUUCUGUUUCUAUAUAGCAAAACUGAAUGUCAAAAGUACCUUCUGUCCACACACACAAAAUCUGCAUGUAUUGGUUGGUGGUCCUGUCCCCUAAAGAUGAAGCGCUACACAUCAGUUUUACGAUAUAAAUACUUGUACUAUCUUAACGAUAAGGAGGCACUUAGUGGCCUCCUGGCAGUUCCAUUUGCUAACGAUUACUGCACUGUUUGGGCUGGCCGGUUUUUCAUGCAUGCAGCUUGACGACUGAGCACAGUCAGGCCUUUGUAUUAAAAACGAAAAAUGAAAAAACAAAAAAUUUUAAAAAACCUAUUUCAAAUGGGUUCUAGUUCCAUUUGUUGAGUAUAGACUGUCAUCGCUGGUUUACUGAAAGCAAACCUUGAAAAUUGGUUUACCUCGGGAUGCUGUGCAGAAAAAUGGGUGGAUAGACUGUUUAGACGCAGCCCCACAGAGCAGGAUGGCCCCCUGUACUCCUGCGCGCCCCCACCUGUGGGGACGGUGGCACCCUGCCGGCAGGCUGCGUGUGUGUUGGUUUUAGCGUUGUCCGCAUUGUACCAGAGCGAGACGGGUGUCAGGCUGUCACCAUUCACACAAAUUUUUAAAAAGAGACCUUUACCAAGGGAGCAUCUUUGGACUCUCUGUUUUUAAAACCUCCUGAACCGUGACUUGGAGCCCGCAGAGGUAGGCUGUGGCUUCGGACCCUUCAGCACAACCGUCAACAUUGCUGUUCAAGAAAUUACAAUUUAACGUCCAUUCCAAGUUGUAAAUGCUAGUCUUUUUUUUUUUUUUUCCAAUAAAAAGACCAUUAACUUAAAGUGGUGUUAAAUGCUUUGUAAAGCUGAGCUCUAAAUGGGGACAAGGCAGUUGGAGGAGAGGUUGGUACCAUGUAAUGCCCGCAGCCCUGAAUCGGGCUUCUCGCCCUCCUGACGUCCCAGCACCAACCUCUGAGCCUGAGACCUUGCCUCGAUCAAGGCAGGCAGAUAGCAAGUGCUCCGUCCUGUCCGUGGACACGUAGGUCUACCUGUAUUUUCACUGGGGGAGGCGGGGAGCAGGCCCUGGGAACUUCAUGGUUAUUCAGGCAGUGGAGCUCUUAAUGAAGGAAGAAAAACCCCACUUUUUCCUCAAGCAUGUACUUAGGGGUUCUUUUCAGUCGUGCUGCUGAUUACCUGUUUUACGUAACUCCUUGAGACCAUCUGUGCAGAGAGACCUGCUUUAGUGUGUCAGAAACUCAAUCCUCGCUGUGUGGCAGGAGCAGCGGUCCCUUCUUAGCCAGUCUUCGUGCCUAAGAGACACUACCGGCCACUUUCGAUGGAUGAUUUCCAAUUUAUGCUCCUUUUCCUUAGCCUUUUCCGUCCUCUGCUCCCCCACCUCCCCUCCCCAGUCGACACUUUCUUUCUCCCAAGUAGAACUAAUGCUAGUCCCCAGCCUGAAAGUAAAAACCUUAGCCUGGAGGGAAUUUUGUGUCUAAUCCUAAACCUGUAACCAAAACUGAGAUGCUAGUACUGGUCUUUGCAGUGGGGUGGGUGUGCGUAAAAAGCCCCUUUAAAGACAUCAUGCCUGUAGCGUUCGAACUCUUUCUGAAAAUAAGGCUGGAUGGGCAUUUUUUCAGGGUGUUCACUGGUCCUGUCUUACCAGUAAGGAGAUGGGGGUUUUGAGAGUUCUAGUGGGCGGUUUCAAUUUGCCUGGGAACAGCAGCAGGCUGCCAGCGAGGCAGCGAGAAGCUCUUGACAGCCAAAUGGGUGCAUUCAGGGCUGAUUUACAGAGACCCUUGGCUUCUCCCUCUCCUACUCCCUGUCUCUCUGGCAUCGUACAGCCUGUUAGAUUUCCUGCCGGAGCGAUGGGUCAGAGCCGUGGAGAGGAGCCCACCCAUCUGCUGCUGCUGGUCCUUGGACUGGGUGGUUGUACAAAAGAAGGUGACUCUGAACCAGGGAUGGCUUUCAGAAUUCCCUGGAUCUGGAAGGAGCACCUGAGAACACCUGGCAGGUUCUGGUGAGCUCAAGGGGACCGAGGGCUCCUGGAUGUUGUUUCUUGCAGGCAGGCCAAGCGUCGGCCCAUCUCGGGCCGGCGUUCUGGUGGCCUCUUGGUAGUUUCAGAGAGGGAUGGGGGUGAUUUAACUUGCUUUGAAAACUUUGCCUUCUGUCUUAACUCUUUCUGUCAAGUCUUUAUCUAGAAGCCGGGUGGGCUCCAUCUUAGUGGUCCCACAGCCCUUCCUGAAAGACUGUUCACGAAGUCCGAUUCUUAACACCGCCAGCAUCCUGGAUGGGAAGCGAAGCGUUUCCCCCAGGGAGUGCUGAGUCCCAGCUCGGUGUGGAGGGGGCAGCCCAGUCGGCCAGAGCCUUUUUCCCUCUUGCCUUUGAGAGAAUCAGCGGCCCAGACUGGGUGUUUGCAGGCUGCAUGAGUUUGAGAGAGGAAGUAGCUGGAUGCGGGGUCCGUGCCCUUCACGUUGGUUGGCACCUUCCUGUAAACUCUUGCCCCUACUUCUAACUGCUCUAUAAAUAUAUACAUAUAUUUAUAUAUAUAAAGUGACUAGUUUAACUGGCAUCCCGCUUGAGCCUGAGACUUGCCAUAAAAAAACUGCUGAGUACUUGGCAAACACUUUCAUAGUCUUGUUCUCCAUCUGUUUGGGGUAGGUGUUAAGCAAGGCAAAUGCAUCUUGAUGUUUCAGAUGGGCUUUUGAUGCAUUGUUGCCAAGAAAGGCUUUUUUUCUGAUUUUUAGACCAAUGAAUUUUUGCACACUCUAAUUGGUGUCUUUCAGCAACACAUGGAAAAUUAGCGACUGUACAUAUUUUUAUAUUCUCUUUAUAAGUGCAUGUCUGACUACUUCUAACCUGUAUCGUAACGAGUGGCCAUUCUGUAGGCCUCUCAAAGUGCCGCCGUGGCAUGUCAAGACUCGCAACGUACUGGGAACUUCUUCCUAAACCAAGAAUGUAAAUUUGGUCAAGGGUCUGCUCUUGGUUCAUUCAAUUAUUUUAAAUCUCUGAACUAAUAAGUGUAUAUCCUAAGUACAUUAUACUUUUGGCAGUGACUAGGAUUCCACAAACGUGUCUUAGCCCAUCUUUCAGCUGGCCGUUUCCCCCGCCCCCCUCUUUUUUAAAAUCCCCUGAAGUUGUCUUGUAGGAGACAGAAAUCCUUUGCGGUCUGUAUCCCUCAGAGUAAGAAGGUAGUGGCGUGGGUGGGGUGUGUGUUCUUUCUCCAGCCCUUCUGUUCUUUAAACACGUCUGUAGCAACGACCGGCGGUAGCUCUGUUACCGAAGUUAACCCAUCACCGCGGCGAUUUGAAAAGGAGAUGUACUUGAAUGUUUCUGUAAAUCUUGAGAUAAACUGUUUGGAGAUUUAACCACCUCUCUGAUGGGGGACCAACUCUAUGGAAAUUGUACAUAAGUUUUAUUUAUAAACCUGGCACUGUAUUCAAUAAACAUUUCUGCAGCCUUUCAUCUCUAA